ACCUCAGCUGCUCACUUUGCAGAAAAGUCAGACCCAAACGCUGCCCAGCUCGGGCUGCCCCGCUCUCCAAAGCCAGCUGGUCUGGCUUAGCAACACUGCUUUUAUUCACCUUUUUUUUUUCCUUUUUUGUUUCGGCUCGUCUUGUUUGAUACAAGGGACAGAGUGAGCAAACCCACAGCUGGAGCUGCUGGGAAUCCUUCCAGGUGAAGACAGAAACACAAAGCACUGGUGCUUACUUACUCACUGACAGCCCGGGAAGCGCGUGCUCUGCUCCGGGAGGAGACGAUUCGCUGGAUGGACUGAAGUGAACCGCUGGACGGAGAUACGCUGCAAGCAGGACGUGGCGUGACGAAUCAUGCGGGACUGAGCGGAAGGUUCCAGCCAGCAGUUUGAGACUGAGAAGAAAAAGCAUUUGAGGAGCUGGAAGUGGAUUGAAGGAGGCAUUAAGAAGCAACAACUGUGAAAGAAAAGAAGAAGCAUAAGUGGGAAAAUCGCAACAAUGGGGAGGAAAAAGAUUCAGAUUGCACGAAUAAUGGAUGAAAGGAACAGACAUGUGACAUUUACAAAGCGCAAGUUCGGCCUGAUGAAGAAAGCCUACGAGCUGAGCGUCCUGUGUGACUGUGAGAUCGCUCUCAUCAUCUUCAACAGCACCAACAAGCUGUUCCAGUACGCCAGCACCGACAUGGACAAGGUUCUGCUCAAAUACACCGAGUACAACGAGCCGCAUGAGAGUAGGACCAACUCGGACAUUGUGGACACACUACGGAAGAAGGGUUUAAACGGCUGUGAAAGCCCCGACAUCGAAGCUGACGACUCUGCUGGCCAGAGCCCAGAGUUAGACGACAAGUACUGCAAACUCAACGAAGACAUCGAUCUGAUGAUCAACCGGCAGAGAAUCUGUGGUCUGCCUCCCUCUGGCUAUGACAUGGGGGUGACCAUCCCAGGUAGCAAUCCCAGCGGGCUGCUGUAUUCUCACCAGGCCAUAGGGGGCGCUGUGGGUAAUCACAACUUGCUGCCCAUCUCACACUCAUCCUUGCAGAGAAACACUAUGUCCCCCCAACGACCCUGUAGCACUGGGAAUGCAGGGCUGAUGGCUUCUGACCUUCCCAACACCGUGGUCUCCAGCGUGGGAAAUGGCAACUUCAGCUCCCACUGCAGUUCCCCUGGCCUCAUGUCCCCGGCCAGCGUCUCUAAGAACAUGCAGGACAAGAGUCCUCCUCACAUGGGCAUGAGCCACAAGCCUGACCUCCGCACACUGAUGCCGCCCUCCAACAAGUGCUCCAUCAUGCCAACGAACCAGAGAAUAAAUCACUCACAGACAGCUCAGAGUCUGUCCACCCCUGCAGUGUCCAUCGCUGCCUCUGGGAUUGGUGGUUAUCCCUCUGCCAUCUCCUCCUACAGCACAGAGUUUUCCCUCGGCAGCGACCUGUCCUCCCUGUCUGGGUUCGGGGGCUCAGGUCUGGGAUCAGUGGCGAGCUGGCAGCAGCAGCAGCUGCAGAACCUCCAGCACUCGGCACUUGGACACAUGGGAAACUUUUGCCAGAACUCCGGCCUGGACGUCGGCGUUCACAACAACCUCCACAUUAAGUGCGAGCCGGCCUCUCCUCCCAGAGACCGGAGCCUGGGCGUGGGCGGGGCCGUGGGCGGGGCCGGACUCAGAGGAGGCGUCAACAUGGCCGGAUACGCCCUUGGCACCGGCCGGGGGCCCCACGAAUCCGGCAGUUCCCCUGGCGACAGCGCCUCCAGCUGUGGCAGCUCGUACGAAGGCAGCGAGGAGCGCGAGGAUCACCACGGCAACGAGAGCUUCCUGCUGCAGCCACUGCCCAGUCAGGAGGAACGUCACAGCCCCUCAGUAAAACGGAUGAGGUUAUCAGAAGGCUGGGCCACAUAGUGGGAGGGAGCAUCUCCACAGGAACAGGGGGGGAGUAAAGUUACCAUAUAGUGUUAUUAUUAUUAUUAUUAUUAUGAUUAUCACUAUCAUAUUCUCCUUGUACUGAAUGCAUGUGCUUUAUGUUUAAUGGUGGUCUGUAGUUGAGGCGGCUGGUUUUGCGAUGUGAGGUCAGGAUCAGCACACAUCACCUGAAGAACAAAACUCUCAAGUUUUAUCUGUGUCACAACAUUCUGAACAUCAAUCAUAUGAAAUAUUUAUUUAUUCAAAAUCUGGUAAAAUACACCUAUGCAGCUUUUUGUGUACCAUAAUAAUAGCUUUCUUUUUGCCAAUAUUCCAUAAAGUUUCAGCUGAUAGUCGACAGAUCUGAGGACCUGAGGAUCUCUGCAGCUCCUCCAGAGUCACCAGGAGCCUCUGCAUAAUGCUGCCACUACCAGCCAGCUGAGCUGAGCGAACAUGUGCAGCUGCUCCAUCCUCUUGUUCAGUUCCUGCACUGACCAGACAUGUCUUUUUGCAUUGUCUAACUACGGCUGCAGCUAACGACUAUUCUAGUAAUCUAUUAAUCAGAUUUUAAAAAUGCCCGAUUUUUUUAAGCACUUCAGCUUAUUUUAUGUAAUGUUAGAAAUACAUGAAAAAUAUACAAAUGAACAAAAUUCAAUUACUUUUAAAUGUGAAAAUACAUGUUUUAAGCCUAAAAUGCAUGAGCAUCAUUACUCAUCUGGCAGCUGGCACUACAGUGUCGGACUCAUCGGCUGAUUAACAUAUGGAGAACAAAAGGUGCUUAACAGGAGAUUUUUUAAUUUUUUUCAGAAUUUGAACCAUGUGAAGCUAAAAAUGCCACUUAAGUUCUGGGUAGAUCAGAUUUUUCUAUCUUAAAUCCAAGUUGCAGAUGUCUUCAUACAGUUUUUGGUUUAGUGCCUGCUUCAGUGUUUUUUUUUUUCUUUCAGCAAUUGGCCUUUUUGAGAGCCAGUUAAUAAUGAAUCAAUUAGUAGAUUAGUUGACUACUAUUUCAAUAAUCAAUCAAUCAUGAUUAAUCCAAUGAAUCUGAUUAAUUGUUUCAGCCCUAAACAUAACAGUAGUUUAUCCUUCUCCUGAAUUUUCUUUCUGUUCUGCCUAUUUGGAAAAAUAAGCUCACUUUAAUCAUGUCUUCCCAUUAUUGGACCCAAAGCUCAAACUUUCUCACAAGAAUUUUUUGACACACAAGUAAAUCUUGAGAAUUUUUGUAUUUUAUAUUUAAUUUUUUUGAUGUACGCUGAUAAAUGAGACUUUCACCUGAGGCCAUCUUCCAUGGGGAGGUUUGACGGUGUACAUUUACUGCUUGUUUUCAGUGUGUUUAGGUAGCGUGGGGAUUAUAAGUGAGUUUCUCAUGUAUGCAAGCUAAAGAAGAGGUCAAAGUGAAGAAGUCUGGUACUCUGAACAGUGAAGCUACUGGCGAGUUUGAACGUGGACCCGCUCUGCUGCUCUCGCUCCACGGCUGUUACACAAGCUGCGUUGCAGGUUCAACACAAACAAAUGCUUCUAAACGUAUCGCACAAUUAAACGAGAACAGGUUAAAGGGCAAAGAAGCCGAUGAAACAAGUAGGAAAAGACUGAAGGAGUAGGGUAGGUGCUGAGCGGGGGAUUCUCCACUAACAGAGUAACCACAGGAAGAUCCUGCUGGUCCUGUUAUUGGAAAGGUUGAGGACAGGCAGAGGUGUUGAGAUGGCUGCUGAGAGGUCUAAUGGAGUCAAGGCAACAGGUUGCUUAGGGAAAAAAAUGUUUUAUUAAUUCUACUUGGUAUUGAGAUGCUCAGUUUUCUGAGUGUGGUGGCAAAAAAAACUAAAAAAUAUAUAUCCAGAUAGUCAAAACAUCAGGAGCCCUUUGGGCUGGAUCUGACAGGAAGCUAACAAAAUGAACCACUACAGAAUGUUUACACAAAACGUUUCUUCUAGUCCCUUCUGACCGCUGGGUGUACGCUGAAACCAAAGCUAAUGAGACAGUAAAUGCUUAAAUAGUAAUAAAAACAACAGAUCAAUACAGAAAGCCAAGCUAAGUUGAAUAUGCUGACAUCUAGAGGCCAUAUUAGAAGUCGCAGCCUCUCUAUUUGCAGAGCUGACAGAACUGUCAGGCUUGUUUCCUCUACAUCUUUGUGGGCUGCUUUGGUUUUCAAAGAAAAUCCAACAAGAAGCAAAAUGUUUCUAUCAAAAGUAGACAUUAUAUAUUUUUCUCUUUGUUUUGUAGAAUGGUUCAAUGGUUGUCCCCUACAACACUAAACAUUCUUCCACUAAGCAGGGAUGAGCAUUUAUCGUAUCGUUGAUCAUUUAUCGUGAUAAAUUUAUUGUCACAAAUUUUCAUGUAUCAUCAUCUUGAUAAUUAAUUAUUAAUAAUUAAUUAAUACGUAUUAAUUAUGAAUUAAUAAUUAAUAACAUUAUAUUGUGAUAAAACAUUAAGUCCACAUCACCCACCCCUUCUACUUAGUUCUUCUAUUUCCAAAGCACAAAAUGACUCAGAUGAUCAUCCUGUUUUUUACUCUUCUGAUGUGCAAAUUGGUCUCCAGACACUAAAUAAUCCAGUCACUUAAGCUGAGUUCUAAACAGUCCGUUUCCUGUGGGUUUGAAUGGGCUCCAUGCUGUGUAACUUCCUCUGUUGUGGUUCGUUUUCAGUUUUCUGUCCAGUCCACAUGAAGUCAGACGUCAGAGUGACGGGUCAGAGUGGGGAGCUAUAAAGCCAUAACGUACAGAACAGAGAUGCUUUACUGCACAAACCUGCUGGUGUGUUUAGAGACUAAAGGUUCCUUUGUUACUAUAGCAACGGGAUGUUUUAUUGAACGGUCUGAGUCUCCUUAUACACAUGCAGCAGGAAGCACAAGGUUUUGACGGCUGGUGUCAGACCCGGCUGCUCACCUUACUGGGCUUUUUCAUUCACUCAGGUCAUUUGUUCCAGCAAUUUCCCAUUACUACUGUACAGUUACAGUAGCAGCUACUGUAACUGUACAUGUAACUACAGGGUUACAUUUCAGUGCUGUUUUUUCUACAAAAAACAGAGCACGACAAAUGUUAUCUCUAGGCACUUUAUGGCACAAACAGGUCCAAUUCAUAUUCAUAUUCAUAGUAAUAUAAAACCCAACCAAUGCUUACAUGAACAAUCAAAUCAUAAAAAGGUUCAGAGUCAGUCACAGGCAGCCUCAUUUGAUUGUUUAUGCACAUCCAGUUAGAUAUAGUUACAUAUGAUGACGAUAAGUAAAGACUUUUUGAUAACUGAUCUUUUCAGGGAUGUCUUGACCAGCAUUAAGGUCAGAGCUGCAGAUCAGGAAUCCCAAACCAAACAUGGAAAACAAAAUCCAAUGAAAAAAACCCAACUGAACAUUUCCAUCCUCAGUCAGAGAAACUAUUUUAGCUGCUUCUAGAUGUAGCAGACUAGGAGUGCACCGUUUUAUCUUUAAGAAGUCUGACCCGUCGAUUCCCAUUUUGGCUAAAGUUGCUAAAUGUAGCAAGAAUGUCGCUAAGUUGGCAACAAUUGGGUGACUAUUGUCAACUGCAAAUGUGCAGACAUGGUGGGCGGGUCUAUCAGCCAAACAUCUCUUACUGCAGAGCAGCAGAGGUCCAAAAAUCAACCAGUGUCCUCUGCUGCCGGAGGCUGGGACUCUGAUUUAGGAAUGAGUUCCUGUUUAGCUCUUGAAAUUAAAACUCAUUAAUUCUCCAAGUCCAAACGCCAAUAAUUUCCCCGGACGCCGUGUUUCAGCCGGUCUGACGCCAGCCACACAUCCAGGUUGUUCAAACUGGACAUACAAUUGCAACUAUCAUCCCUAUUAGAGUUUUCCUUUUGUUUUUCUUUUUGUAUUUUUUUUUUGUUCUUGUUGUUUUUAUUUCUGUGUAUUGAUUGAAAAGACAGAAGUGGCUGAGGGUUCAAAUUUGAAUAUUUUGGCUUAAAACUGUAUAUUUGGAGCUCGACCCCUCAGCUACUCUUCACUUUUUCUGCUCUGCGCCUGAAUUCUCUUAGAAAACAGUGGAGCAACACAAAUUGCUCCACAUGGCUGAGGUACUUCUCUCCUCCAUCUCCAUAAGUCAGGAUGGUCGUCUAAAACCUAAAAGAUGUUAGACAAAAAAAGAAAGAAAAAAAAGUCGGGAGCUCACUCCUGGACUCCAGGUGGCGCCAGCUGGCUGCAGAUGAAAAUAGAAGGCUGGCUUUAAAAAAGAAGAGAGAAUGUAAGCUAAGCAGUGUGAAAAGCUUCAAAUCAAAUCUUUGUAUUAUUUCUGGAACCAGUUUCUGUUUUCUGCCAGGUACCUACAAAGCUCUGAUUAAAAAAGAAAAAAAAAAGUUGUACUUAAUUUUUCUUUUCAUCUGACCAGGUUGGUGAAUCUUUUCUGAACAAAAGAAACGUAAAAGUUUGGCCUGCAUUCUCCCCUCAUCACAUGCUUCCGGAUGUACUGAGAGAUUGUUAGCGGCAUGAGCUGGCCUUUUGUCGCCACCUGACUCACCGACCAACCAAGUGCACAUUGGGUUGUCGCAGAACUCCCUCACUCAGAACUGUGGUAGUGUUUGUAUUUUGCAGAAAAUAAAAAUGCUCAUGUUUUUGUUCCACA